AUGGUUAAGUCUUCCGUGCUUGUGUUGGUUUCGCGAUUGUACAGCUCGUUUUCGUGGAUGUCUGGUGUUAGAAGAGUUCUCAUUACGCGACAGGUUUCUGUCAAAGCACUAGAUAUUAUGCGGGGCCCCAUAUUAGGUUGUGAAAGUUUGGAUAUUGAUCUUAUUGAUUCUGACGAACCUCCCAGCCGUGACGUGUUGUUGAAGCGUGUAGCUGGCAAACAUGGAAUAUAUUGUUUGUUGACGGAUAGAAUUGACAAAGAACUAUUAGAUAGAGCAGGAAAACAGUUGAAAGUUGUCAGCACAAUGUCUGUAGGCUAUGACCAUGUGGACGUGCAGGCAUGUAAGGAGAGAGGAGUGGUAGUGGGGAACACCCCCGGAGUUCUAACAGACGCCACUGCAGAUCUGACUGUUGCUUUACUGCUGGCAACGUCCAGAAGGCUCUUAGAAGGAGUGGAAGCUGUGAAGGAUGGCUCAUGGGGACCGUGGCAACCAUUGUGGAUGUGUGGAAGUGGCCUGAGAGGAAGUACAGUAGGUAUUGUAGGUCUGGGACGGAUUGGCCAGGCAGUAGCAGAAAGAAUAAGGCCGUUUGGUGUGUCCACCAUUCUGUACACAGGAAGGACAGCUAAACAAGAAGCCAAGAAACUCGGAGCACAAUUUGUCACUUUUCAUGAACUGCUGGCAAAAUCUGAUUUUGUAUUAGCUUGUUGUGCUCUCACUGAGAAGACAAGAGAGACAUUCAAUGCCAAUGCCUUUCAUUUAAUGAAGCCUUCCGCUGUUUUUGUAAACACCAGCAGAGGUGGGGUUGUCAAUCAGGAUCAUUUAUAUGAUGCAUUGAGUAAUGGUCAGAUUAGAGCAGCUGGACUGGAUGUGACCACUCCUGAACCUUUGCCAACAGACCAUCCACUUCUUAGUCUGAAGAACUGUGUGAUCUUGCCACACAUCGGUAGUGCUGAGAUGCAGACUAGGGAAGAGAUGGCAAUGUUAGCAGCAAGGAAUCUAAUCGCAGGAGUGACAGAUAACAACAUGCCGAGUCCAGUCCAUUUGUAA